AUGGAAUUCGCCGGCCACCCGGUCAUCGGGACCGGCCACCUGCUCUUCCGGAAGCUGUUGAACCAGACUCGGGAUACAGCAUCUGGUCCUCGGACGCAGACUCUCGAGACGAGGGCCGGGCCUAUGAAGAUCGAAUAUGAUCCCGACAGCCAGAUCGUGUCGGCGCAAGUCCCACAUAACGUUCAUAUCCAUGCAACUGAGACGCCUCUCUUGGCGUUGGAGGCCGUCCAGCCCUGUUUGGCCGCUAUUUCGGGAUUGAUUGCUACCUCAUGGCCUACGGUUUCCAUCGUCAAGGGCGUGACGUACGUCCUGGCCGACUUGACCGACACGCCCGAGAUUUUUGGUAAGAUCAGCGCCGGGGAAAGCCCACAGGUCGAUCUCGACAAAGAUUGGGGCCCAUCAUUCGUCGGAACGAUGUAUUACCGCACUCUGGGAUCGCGUGUCGAGACUGAGACGGACACGAAAAUUUGGGAGCUCCGGGUGCGCAUGGUUGCGAUCAAUCUCGAGGAUCCUGCAUGUGGUAGCGGAUCGUGUUCUCUGGCCGCGUACUUGGCUUUGCAGGAGGGCGCGGAAAGCCGCAAGCACCGGUUCUUGAUUGAUCAGGGGACUGAGAUUGGGCGGGAUAGCCACAUUGUUGUGGAUGUUGAGCUGACGGAGGAUAGGGGGAGGGUUUCGAGUGUUAAGCUUGCGGGUCCUGCUGCUUUUGUGGCGGAGGGGAAGAUAUUUGUGGAUUAG